UUCUAAGCUAAGUUUAAACAGCCUAACAACGAUUUUAGUUUCUAUCUUUGUUAUUAUUUAUGUGUACUCCAGAACAAUGUCCAGAAGUACCACCGUACAGAGUUACAAGGAAACGACAAUGAAAGGCGCCUAUAGCGAAUCGAUCACACCACCGUGGAGUUGUGAUCUCUUUUCAGGUAAAUGGGUUUACGAUAAUUCGACGAAUCCUUUGUAUUCAUGGAAGCAGUGUUCGUUAAUGAAUGACUGGUUUACCUGUGAGAAGUUUGGAAGAAAGGAUUUAAAAUAUCAGAAUUGGAGAUGGCAACCCGACCAGUGUGACUUACCAAGGUUCAAAGCGAAAGCAUUUCUAGAAAGAUUGAGAGGUAAAAGGAUGGUUUAUGUUGGAGAUUCAAUGACCACAAAUCAGUGGGCUUCCAUGGUUUGUAUGGUGGAAUCUAUAAUCCCGUCAGAUCUCAAAUCUAUGCACUUUAAUGGAUCUCUGAUAAUUUUUAAAGCCAGUGAAUUCAAUGCAACCAUUGAGAGAUACUGGGCACCAUUGUUGGUUGAAUCAAAUUCGGAUAAUCCCGAGCACCAUCGAGUACCACAUCGGAUAGUCAGAGCAGGAGCUAUUGAAAAACACGCAAUGCAUUGGUCUGAUGCUGAUAUACUUGUCUUUGGUUCCUACCUCUGGUGGAAGGAACCAAAACUGGAAAUCUUAUGGGGAUCCUUUGUAAGGCCUAAUGAUGGAAUCUAUAAAGAUUUAGGAAUGGUUGGUAAGUUUGAAGUGGGUCUGAAAACAUGGUCCGAUUGGCUUGAAAAUCAUAUCAAUCGUACAAAGACGCAAUUGUUUUUCAACAGCAUAACACCAGUGCACGAGAGGGCUGGGGAAUGGGCAAAGAACAAAGAAGGAAAUUGUUACAACGAAACAGAACCAAUAUUACAAGAACAUUACUGGGGUCAAUGGACAAGUACAGAUUUUAUGAAGGCCUUGGAGCGUAGAGUCAAUGAAUUGAAAGUUAGAGGUGUUGAUGUGAAAAUAAUGAAUAUUACACAACUAACAGAAUACAGAAAAGAUGCCCAUCCUUCUGUGUAUAAAAAAAAAUGGGAUACAUUAAUUCCAGAUCAAAUAUCAGACCCUGUAAGUUAUUCUGAUUGUCAUCAUUGGUGCCUCCCCGGAGUACCUGAUACUUGGAAUGAACUCCUUGAUGCCUACAUACUGCCAUAAUGGGUAAUUUGAAAGAAUCUAUUGAUGUCA